UAUAUUUUCUAUUGUUUAAUUUAAUUUUAUUUUUUUGGGUUGAACGCCUCGAAUGGUGAUUAGUUUUCAAUAAUUUUUAGUGAAAAACAAUUGAUUUUUUGUAGUGAAAACUUUUUUCAGCUCAGAGACUGCAAAGUGCUUUUUAAUCAGAGUACAUAUAAACAAACCAUGAAUUAUUCGAAAUGUAUAUUUUUAAUGAUUUUUGUGAAGAGUAUAUUUGGCGUAAUUUGGUCAUUACCUGUAAGUGAAUCAUAUGACAAAAAUACUAAUAAUGAAGAAUGGAGACUAAAUAUUGUACAUACUAAUGAUAUUCAUGGGAGAUUUGAAGAAACAUCAGGUGGAGAAGCAGCAUUACCCUGCGAAGGACAUAUAGGCGGUGAUGGAACAUGUUACGGUGGUUUCCCAAGAAUUUCCACUCUUGUAAAACAAGAAAGGGAAAGAAGUAAAGCAUCAAACAUACCGAUACUCUAUCUCGAUGCUGGUGAUAUUUUUGAAGGUUCAAAACUAUUCAAUAAGUAUGAAGAUAUAAUAUCUUACCGACUAUUCAAUGCACUUGAACCAAAUGCUACAACAUUAGGAAACCACGAAUUCAAUAAAGGAGUUGAAAAGUUAAUUUCUUACAUAGAUAAUUUGUCAUUUCCAGUAGUGGCUUGCAAUUUGGAUUUAACCGAGGAACCAUCGGUUAACCGGUCAAAUUUGCAUAAAAGUAUUAUUCUAGAUGUAGAUGGCCACAAAGUUGGAAUAGUUGGAUAUACAUAUCCCGGAGCUAGAAAGUUAGGGCACAUCAAAUAUUUGCCCGAAAUAGAACCUAUAAAAAAUGAAAUUUCAAAGCUAAAAAAACAAGGGGUUAAAAUAAUAAUCGGUCUGAGUCACUCGGGUUACAAAUUUGACCAAAACGUUGCCAAAAUUGUUGACGAUAUAGAUUUAAUAGUAAGCGGUCACUCACACUCUUUAUUGUCCAGCGAUGUACCAGUUGGCACUCAAAUUCUUUCGCAGAUUGUAGAGGGUCCUUACCCGACAGUAAUUAAUAAAAUGGAAAAUGGGAAAAAUCGAAGUGUUUACAUAGUCCAGGCUUAUGCUUACACAAAAUAUCUAGGAAACUUGUCGGUUGUUUUUGAUGAACAAGGUGAAAUUAAAAGUUUUGAGGGAAAACCUAUUUUGCUGGAUGACACAGUAAAACAAGAUCCAAUCCUUUUGAAGGAGUUCGAAAAAUUUCCAGCAGAUCCGAUUAAUUUGACCGUCAUUGGCUACACAAGAGUUCCUUUGGAAGGUUACAUGUACGCUUGCAGGAGGAGAGAAUGCACUCUCGGAGAUGUUGUUGCUGACGCUCUUGUUGAAUACAAUCUAAACCAAACUGAGAGUAAUAAAGGUUGGACAGAUGCUGCAAUAGCUCUUGUAAAUAGUGGAUUACUUGCAGACGGUAUGAGCAAUGUUAGAAGAAAUCCGAUCAUUCAAGAAAAUAUUGAUCUUUCAAUAACAUAUAAAAAUAAAAUUUACAAAAUGGAGUUAACUGGUAAAGACCUUCGUGACCGAUUGGAAUACAGUUUGCGUGAAAUGGAAAACGACAAAAUUUCGGAAUUUUGGGGUGGAUUUUUACAAGUCUCAGGAAUGAGAGUAACAUAUGACUUGAGUAAACCUAUUGGGUCAAGAGUAAUUCCAGAUUUGUUUUUUAUUCGUUGCGCGGACUGCGUAUUUCCACAUUACGAAAAAGUUGUUGAUGAAAAAAUUUAUAUAGUACUUAUGGAUGGAAAUCUUGCUGAGGGAGGAUUCGAUUCAGGUCAUUGGACAAGUAAAGUUAAUACCACACUAGAUGGUGAAGUUAAAGAUGCACUUCGCUGGUACAUAAAUGCGCGAAGUCCAGUACACCCCGAAUUAGGUGAUAGAAUUCACUAUAUUUUACCUUCAAAGAAUUCGGCAAAUCCGCCCUCUUGCUCGGGAUACAUAUAUUCCAAUUUAUUGAGCUGUACUGAAACGGAGGUUACAGCAGAAAAACAGGGACCAAAAUCUAUGUAAAAUAAAUCUAUCAAAGCAGCUCAGAGCAACAAAUCGAAUUUACCAAUAUUAGAAAUUGAAUGUUCAGUUAAAAGUUAAUUAAAACCAACCACACUAAUCUACACCUUUUUUUUUUCUUAAUAACUAUCCCUGAUUGCAAAGUAUCCUUCUGACGAUAAUACGUUAGAUAGCUGUGAGACCUAUACGGUAUCAUUCUGAGCCCUGUCUAACGUCACGUGCGUUGCAAAUUAUGAGAUAUUUAAAAUUUUUUAUCAUUCAAAAAUAAAUGAUAAACAAACAACUUUGAUUAAAUAAAAUAAUUUAUAAAGCUGA